AUGUCCGAUGGAGCUUCGAAAAUCAACCCCGAAAUAAGAAUCAUCCUCCAUCAAGACAAUGCAAGCUCGCACACAGCCCAAAAAACAAGGCAGUAUUUAACGGAAGAAAACGUGGAAUUAUUGGACCAUUCUCCAUAUAGUCCUAACGAUUUCUUUACUUUCCCGAAAAUUAAAAACAGACUGCGCGGUCAAAGGUUCCAGUCACCAGAAGAAGCAGUUGACGCAUUAAAAACUUCCGUUUUGGAUCUGCCAGCAAACGAGUGGAAUAAAUGCUUCGAAAAUUGGUUCGUGAGCAUGCAUAUGUGUAUUAAUCUUCGUGGAGAAUACUUCGAAAAACAAUAA